CGUUCCUUCAUGGGAUUCGGUCCAAUAUAAAACUCAAAGUUGAUGAACGUCUUCCAUGUUACGUCUGUGCUUUCAACGACGAUGUCUUGAAUCAACACUUAAAAGGCAAACUCUUAUCUUCAUCGUGCCUCCGUCCAGGCAACCAUUUCACUCUGAAAGGAUUAACAGCUGGACUUACACCCAACGAUCUAAAUCUGGACAUUCCAAGUCAGACCAAAAUAUUUGGAUCGUCGGCUCAUUGCUCCUUACUACUGGUGCAGGGAUACUUGCAUACCACAAGUACAAACCAUUUCGACAUGCAUUAUUGGCUGGAAGUCGUUGCUCACGGGUAGCAAAGGCCGCUAUCUUGGGCGUGAUUGACUACAAAAUCACUUUUUUAAAAUCUUAUGCAUCUGAAAGCGAGCAGUUUGCGGCGUAUUCUGAAUGCCACACACGAAGCGCAACAAGACUAUUGAAAGCUUUGCUCGCAAACGGAGGCAUAUUUAUCAAACUUGGGCAACAUAUGGCAUCCAUAAUUGUGCUUCCGAAGGAGUGGACAAGUACCAUGAGACCCUUGCAGGAUCAAUGUGAGCCGACGCCUUACGAAGCAGUGAACACCAUGUUCCAAUCUGAUAUGGGCAAAUCCAUUAAUGAGUUGUUUGUGGACUUCGACCCGAAACCCGUUGGUGUGGCUAGUUUGGCUCAAGUCCAUGUCGCAUCUCUUCGAGAGACUGGCGAAAAAGUAGCCGUCAAGUUGCAACAUCCACAUCUAGCUGAGUUUGCCGACGUCGACAUGGAAAUGGUAGAGGUUUCCUUAGGAUGGAUCAAGUAUUGGUUCCCGGAGUUCGAGCUGACAUGGCUAGGAGAGGAAAUGCGUAUCAAUCUACCCAAGGAAAUGGAUUUUGUCCACGAAGCGUCGAAUGCUGCGAAGACCGUUCAUGAAUUCGAGAGUAUCCGAACGUCACUAUAUAUACCCAAAGUGAUAUUUGCAAAGAAGAGAAUCCUUGUCAUGGAAUACAUCCAGGGUGGAAGAGUUGAUGAUCUAGAGUAUCUCGCCGAAGCGAAUAUUGACCGCAAUAAGGUCGCUGUAGAGCUCUCUCGGAUUUUCAAUCGAAUGGUUUUCAUCAACGGCUGGUUCCACGCAGAUCCUCACCCUGGGAACUUGCUUAUUCGACCCGCCCCUAUGCUUUCUAAAUCGCCGUACAACUUUGAAAUUGUUCUUCUCGACCAUGGGCAAUAUUUUGACAUAGACGACCAAUUGCGCAUCAACUACAGCAGGUUCUGGUUGUCGCUUCUGGCUCCUGCUUCACCAUCUGUAAAUGCAGAUCGUAGGAAGUACGCUGAACUUGUCGGGAACAUAGGUCCUGAAUUGUAUCCGGUCUUCGAGGCUGCUAUGACUGGACGGGCAGCCUUAGAGGGAACUUGGGAUGACGGGCAAUCUGAUGCUACUGUAUCUUUCGAAAGGGCAUCUGGAAUGAUGAGUGCUUUACCACAGAGCGAAGAAGAAAUGGAAGCCAUACGCACUGCUGUAGUUACCCGCGAGGGCUUACUUGUCUCUGUGUUCGACGUCUUGAGAAGAGUUCCUCGUAGAGUGCUCAUGGUGCUUAAACUGAAUGAUCUGACUAGGAGUUUAGACCACGCACUAGCUACCACGCAUUCAAAUAUUCGCAUUUUCCUGGUUACAGCCAAAUUCUGCUUACAAUCGGUGUGGCGUAGUGAUCAAGAACGCCUUAUUGGCGAAAUGAGGGUGCGCGGAUUAUUAUCUUUCGAGUUAUUGCUAGAAUACUUCAGAUGUUGGUGGAAAUACGAAAAAUCCUUGACUUUGGUAGUCUUGACUGAAACCUUCAUGGAUUCUCAAGCUCGUGCGUAUAAGAUGCAAGCUUGGCUUCAUGGCCUGUUACGACAAGGUUUCAGAGGGGCUCACAAAGCCGCGGCAGGUCUUGAAGUUUAGAAGGCCAAUGUACAUAGAUUGGGUGACAAUGCUCUGUACAUGUAGUACGUGUAAUCCAAGUCAUCGAGACAGCAACU